AUGCCCUACGCCGACUGGGCUAAACGUGUUGUUUUCAUCGUCGGGAAUGGCUUGCGCGCCGACCUGCUGUUUAUGAAGAAUGGGUUUGUCGACAUCGCGGGCAGUCCAGACAUAGUAGCCCCGUACUUGCGCUCCAUCGUGGAGACUAGAGGCGCAUGGGGAAUCUCGCAUACUCGUGUACCCUCCGAGACUCGACCAGGGCAUGUCGCCUUCAUCAGCGGCAUGAACGAGGAUGUAUCUGAGGUUACAAAGGGAUGGCGCCAAGUAGGAAUUGAUUUCGAUUCCGUCUUCAACCAGUCGAGCACAACGUUCGCUAUUGGCUCACCGACUGUACUUGCAUCAUUCGUACCCGGUGCUCCUCCAGACAAGAUUCAGAUAUGGAAGUUUGACCCCGAACUCGAAGACUACACCAAGGACGCAACACAAAGGGACAAAAGGGUCUAUCAAACUCUUGAAGCCAUUCUUCGCAAUUCCACUGCACACGAAGAUUUAGACAGGCGCGUUCGUGCUGAUAAAACUGUCCUCUUCCUACACCUUCCGGGCCUGGACAUCACAGGACACUCUGACCGCCCAUUUUCAAAGGAAUACAUGAUGAACAUCCAGACUGUCGACGACAUUGUCGAGAAAACGGAGAAUCUAUUUCGCCAGUUUUAUGGAGACGACGACACCGCGUUCGUUUCAACGGCGGAUCAUGGUAUGACGCCCAUAGGAAACCACGGGGAUGGACAUCCUGACAGUACAUGCACUCCCCUGAUCGUGUGGGGAAAGGGCGUCCGUGGAUCUCUCCCUGAUAGCACACCGUCGUCACACGAUGCCUACUCAAAACAAUUGGGACUGUCGCAUCUGCUGCGUCGUGACGUGGAGCAGGCAGACAUUGCCCUUCUCUUGUCUGCACUCAUUGGGACGAAGUGGCCGACCAACGCGAUGGGCAUGCUACCAGACGUCGACCCGACGAAACCAGGCUAUCUCCUUCCUAACCAGGGCAAUAGAUAUAUGGCCCAGGCGGCCCUUGUCAAUGCGCAGAGCACCGUCGAAGAACUAGGACAGACGCAAUUAUCGGCUAUAGAAACCCUCAUUGAUGUGGGCGACCACUACCAGGCCCGGCUGCACGCGAUGGUGCUCAUCUCAGCCACGUAUGAUGCUCCGGUUAUUCUCGGCAUCGUCGUAUCCGCAUACAUCGGUUGGAUAGCUCUCUGCGCUGCCACAGUUCUCCUUCCAGCGUCGAAGCCUUCCGAUGCACAUGGAAGGGUCUGGCGUCCGUACUUUGUGUCAACAACUGUCCUUGCAGCACUUUGGUCAUACUUCGCCUCACAGGAUUCACCGCUGGAGUACUAUGCCUACGCCAUCUUCCUAUGCUACUUCUGGGCCAAGGCGUGGCCCUGGUGCAGCAGUCGGCUGUGGCAGCUCAGCGAGUAUCCAUAUGACAAAUUUAUGGUUAUAGGCACGAUUGCAGCGACGCAAACCAUGGUGAAUGUUAAAAAUGCUCGGGAAGCCUGGUGUUUCAAGGCUGUAGUCAUAACUUUGAUCUGUGGACUCGCGUCAAGCACUGUGCUAGUAUAUCUCAUCGUCGGUAGUCUCCGGGCCAAACGAGGAGUACCCCUGAUCCUACGAACCCCUGGGUGGAUCAUACUUUUGUCCAACGGGAUGCUUCCAUUCAUCGUGCGGGUCGGCAGAAGCAACCCAAGUGCACGCCUUCUGAGCAUCUUCCUCGGGGUUGGCAUGUGGUUCUUACGGGUCGCCGUAUCCGUGGAAGGAGUGUUUUAUGUUGCCUUCGCUUUGAUGCUAUACCUCUGGGUUAAGGUAGAGUACGUAUGGCACCGAGACCACCCGUUGGGGUCGGAAUCGAAGGUGAAGGAUGAAGAAGGAUGCGUCACGUACCAGCUCAAGGGAGAGGACUUGGGUAUUGCGCUAUUCUUUCUCCUUUUUAUGCAAAUUGCGUUUUUUGGUCCCGGAAAAAUUGGCUACAGCUCUUUCUACCUAGACCUAGUUUAUCGCCUCAUUUCCAGGUACAAUCCAUACCUGUUGAUCGUACUACUGAUGCUCAAGAUGUUCGCACCCUUCCUCAUACUGGCUCUGACAUUCUCCGUCCUACACGCACGUCUCAGUCUACCACCCUUCAACCUCUUCGUCAUUGUACUUGCGCUCUCUGACGUCAUGACCCUGACAUUCUUCCUCAAAGUUAGACACGUUGGGUCUUGGUUUGACAUAUCACAGUCCUUCUAUGAUUUCUGCACAAGCUCACUCUUUGUCCUCUGGUCCAUGGUGGCGUGCAUUGUCGCCGAGUUGCUCAUGCGUCGGACCGAUCAUCGGAGCAGCAUGGGAAAGAAUGAAGGUUGGGUGUGGCAUAGGCAUUAG